AUUUCCGGUAGCCAUUGAAGCUACAUCCUGCAAAAUAAAAACACUUAGCAUCCGUUGUGGGGAGGAGAGGGAAAUUACAGGAUGUCAGAUUCAGAUAGUGAUGAGGACCAGGACCGUCCCUUUUCGAUUACAGGCUUCCUGUUUGGAAAUAUAAAUGAAGAUGGGCAGCUGGAGGGCGACAGUGUUUUGGACAAUGAGUCCAAGAAACAUUUGGCUGGCUUGGGCAAUCUUGGUCUUGGAUCACUUAUUACAGAAAUAACAGCUAAUGAAGAAGACAGCGCAGAGGAAACUAAAGACUCUAGCGUUGUAGAUGAGGAAGGUUGGGUAAAGAGCACUGAAGAUGCGGUUGAUUACUCAGACAUCAGUGAAGUUGCAGAGGAUGAAACUAAAAAGUAUCGUCAGGCAAUGAGCUCAAUGCAACCAAGCAAGAAGCCUGAUGAUGAAGAUGACUAUGAUGCAGACUGUGAGGAUAUUGACUCCAAACUUAUGCCACCUCCUCCACCACCAAGUCUUCCCACAUCUAUAAAAAAAGAUGAACCUGCUCAAAGUGCAAGUGUGGCAGAGGAGGGUGAUGGUAUUAUACUGCCUUCUAUUAUUGCGCCAUCUACUUCUGGGGAUAAGAUGGAUUUCAGUAGCUCUUCAGAUUCAGAAUCUGAAACUGAUCGUCCUUCGCAAAAGUCUGGUUCGGGUGGGGCUCCAGACCGACUCAACCUCCCGCUGGCUGGAAUUAUGCAGAAAGAUGCAGCCAAAGCCUUGCCAAGUGUCACAGAGUUGUUCCCAGAAUUUAGACCUGGAAGGGUUCUCAGAUUCUUACGAUUGUUUGGUCCUGGAAAAAACAUGCCAUCUGUUUGGAGGAGUGCCAGAAGGAAGAAGAAGAGAAAGCACCGAGACCAUCAGCCUGGGACCCCACCACCCGAAGGAGAGAGCUCAGAGCAAGGCCAAGAGAAAAAGUCUGGAUGGGUCUAUGAGUACGCACCACCUCCUCCUCCAGAGCAGUGCCUCUCUGAUGAUGAGAUUACCAUGAUGGCUCCAGUUGAAUCCAAGUUUUCGCAGGCCUGUGGUGAUGGAGACAAGGAAACAGAGUCUCGACCAAAAGUAGCAGAGUGGAGAUAUGGUCCAGCUCAGCUUUGGUAUGAUAUGCUCUGCGUCCCUGAAGAUGGGAGCAACUUCAACUAUGGUUUCAGACUAAAGGAAGAAACAGACAAGCAGGAAAAUGAUAACGUGCCUCAGGAUGUAGUAGACAUGGCAAUGGUGUCUCAAGAAGAGGAAGAAUGUGACGAGGGGAGUGACAAAGAGAAGAGAGCCCUUGAGAAUGAGUUGUUUUUGAUGGUCACUCAGCUGCAGUGGGAAGAUGACAUUAUCUGGAAUGGAGAAGAUGUGAAACACAAGGGCACAAAGACCCAAAGAGCCAGUUUAGCAGGAUGGCUCCCCUCCAGCAUGACUCGCAAUGCCAAUGCUUAUAAUGCACAACAGGGUGAGCAAAAGUGUCUUUCAAGAAGUAAUUCACAACUUGUCCCACCUCCAUUACCGCCUGCACCAAAAACAUCAGUAAUCUCUGGCUCUAAGCGGGACAAAAAUAGUCAGGAUAAUCAAGCGCCUCAUGAAGAUGACAAUCCAUGGUAUUCAAUUUUCCCCAUUGACAAUGAGGAGCUGGUGUAUGGACGCUGGGAAGACAAUAUUAUCUGGGAUGACCAGGAAAUGGAUCACUAUCUCUCUCCACCUGUUCUUACACUUGAUCCAAAUGAUGAGAACAUUAUUCUAGAAAUUCCUGAUGAAAAGGAGGAAAUCACAUCCCACUCGCCUUCAAAAGAAAACAAAAAAGAAACUGCACUCAAGAAAAGUCGAAUCCUGCUAGGCAAGACUGGAGUAAUAAAAGAUGAGCCUCAGCAGAACAUGUCCCAGCCUGAGAUAAAGGACCCAUGGAACCUCUCAAAUGAUGAGUUUUAUUAUCCCAAACAACAAGGCCUACGGGGCACCUUUGGAGGAAACAUUAUUCAGCACUCUAUCCCUGCCUUGGAGUUGAGGCAGCCCUUCUUCCCUACGCACAUGGGACCUAUGAAACUACGUCAAUUCCAUCGGCCAGCUUUGAAAAAGUACUCUUUUGGUGCUUUGGCUCAACCAGGGCCUCAUGCAGUUCAGCCUCUGCUUAAACACAUCAAGAAAAAGGCUAAGAUGAGAGAACAAGAGCGACAGGCAUCUGGAGGUGGUGAUAUGUUUUUCAUGCGAACUCCUCAAGAUCUUACAGGGAAAGAUGGAGAUCUGAUUUUGGCAGAGUACAGUGAAGAAUACCCACCACUGAUUAUGCAAGUGGGAAUGGCCACCAAGAUCAAGAACUACUACAAACGCAAACCUGGUAAGGACCCAGGAGCACCAGACUGUAAAUAUGGAGAAACUGUGUACUGCCACACGUCACCCUUCCUUGGAUCUCUGCAUCCUGGACAGCUGCUGCAGGCAUUUGAGAACAAUCUUUUCCGUGCACCAAUUUACCUCCACAAAAUGCCAGAGACAGAUUUUCUGGUUUUACGAACACGACACGGAUACUACAUCAGAGAGCUGGUGGAUAUCUUUGUAGUUGGUCAGGAGUGUCCACUGUCUGAAGUCCCAGGACCCAACUCCAAAAGAGCCAAUACCCACAUCAGGGACUUCCUACAGGUAUUUAUUUACAGGCUGUUCUGGAAGAGUAAGGAUCGGCCCAGGAGAAUCCGGAUGGAAGACAUCAAAAAAGCUUUUCCUUCACAUUCUGAGAGCAGCAUCAGAAAACGUCUUAAACUUUGUGCUGACUUUAAACGCACAGGAAUGGACUCAAAUUGGUGGGUACUAAAGCCCGACUUCAGAUUACCCACUGAAGAGGAGAUCCGAGCCAUGGUGUCUCCGGAACAGUGCUGUGCGUAUUACAGCAUGCUGGUGGCUGAACAGAGACUGAAGGAUGCUGGUUAUGGAGAGAAGUCAUUCUUUGCUCCAGAGGAAGAGAAUGAAGAGGACUUUCAAAUGAAAAUUGAUGAUGAGGUUCGGACAGCUCCCUGGAAUACCACGAGAGCAUUCAUUUCAGCCAUGAAGGGAAAAUGUCUGCUAGAGGUCACUGGUGUGGCUGAUCCUACUGGCUGUGGAGAGGGUUUCUCUUAUGUUAAGGUGCCCAACAAGCCCACUCAACAGAAGGAUGACAAAGAACCACAGCCUGUCAAAAAGACUGUGACAGGAACUGAUGCCGAUUUGAGGAGACUUUCUUUGAAAAAUGCAAAGCAGCUUCUACGCAAAUUUGGCGUACCAGAGGAGGAAAUAAAGAAGCUUUCGCGGUGGGAGGUGAUUGACGUAGUGAGGACCAUGUCCACAGAGCAGGCCCGUUCAGGCGAAGGGCCCAUGAGUAAAUUUGCCCGAGGCUCACGGUUCUCUGUGGCCGAGCAUCAGGAGCGCUACAAGGAGGAGUGCCAGAGGAUCUUUGACCUGCAGAACAAGGUGCUGGAGUCAACCGAGGUGUUGUCCACUGACACAGAUAGCAGCUCUGCCGAGGACAGUGACUUUGAGGAGAUGGGGAAGAAUAUUGAGAACAUGCUGCAGAACAAAAAGACCAGCUCACAGCUUUCUCGAGAGCGUGAGGAGCAGGAGAGGAAGGAGCUCCAGAGGAUGUUGAUGGGAGAGGAGAGUGACAGAGACCACAAGGGCCGCAAAGACAGACGGAAAGGGUUAUCAAGUUCUUUAUCCACCAGCUCUCACAAAGAUGAUGACACUUGUUCUGUCACCAGUCUGAACUCUUCAGCCACAGGACGUAGGCUCAAGAUUUAUCGUACAUUCAGAGAUGAGGACGGGAAAGAGUAUGUCCGCUGUGAAACUGUGCGCAAAGCCUCAGUCAUUGAUGCUUACCUGAGGAUUAGAACCACAAAGGAUGAUGACUUCAUCCGGAAGUUUGCCCUAUUUGAUGAACAGCACAGAGAGGAGAUGAGAAAGGAGCGUCGCCGCAUUCAGGAGCAGCUGCGCAGACUGAAACGAAACCAAGAGAAGGACAAGUUCAAGGGGCCUCCAGAGAAGAAGGCCAAAAAGGCCAAGGAGAGGCCAGACCUCAAGGUAAAACUUAAGUGUGGUGCUUGUGGUGCUAUUGGACACAUGAGGACCAACAAGUUCUGCCCACUGUACUAUCAAACCAAUGCUCCACCCUCUAACCCUGUGGCAAUGACUGAAGAACAAGAGGAAGAACUGGAAAAGACUGUUAUUCACAAUGACAAUGAGGAGCUGAUCAAAGUGGAGGGCACCAAAAUUGUACUGGGCAAACAGCUCAUUGAAAGUGCUGAUGAGGUGCGAAGAAAGUCUUUGGUAUUGAAGUUCCCCAAGCAACAGCUCCCUGCAAAGAAGAAGAGGCGUGUUGGCAGCGCUGUGCAUUGUGACUACUUAAAUAAACCACACAAGUCCAUCCAUCGCAGACGCACUGACCCCAUGGUGACUUUAUCUUCAGUGCUGGAGAGCAUUAUAAAUGACAUGCGGGACCAUCCAAAUACAUACCCCUUCCACACACCUGUGAAUGCAAAGGUUGUGAAAGACUAUUACAAAAUCAUCAGUCGCCCGAUGGAUCUGCAAACCCUGAGAGAAAAUGUACGAAAGCGUCUGUACCCAUCAAGAGAGGAGUUUAGAGAAGCUGUGGAGCUUAUUGUCAAGAACAGUGCCACUUACAAUGGGGCAAAACAUCCAAUCACACAAGUGGCACAGUCCAUGUUAGACUUGUGUGAUACAAAAUUAAAGGAGAAGGAAGACAGACUGGUGAGGCUGGAAAAAGCCAUCAACCCUCUGCUGGAUGAUGACGAUCAAGUUGCGUUCUCUUUUAUUUUGGACAACAUUGUGACUCAGAAAAUGAUGGCAGUGCCUGAUUCAUGGCCAUUCCAUCAUCCUGUCAACAAGAAGUUUGUGCCAGACUAUCACAAGGUCAUUGCAAACCCCAUGGACCUGGAGACUGUCCGGAAGAACAUUUCCAAACAUAAAUAUCAGAACAGAGAGACCUUCCUCUCAGACAUCAGUCUCAUUCACAACAACAGCAUCAAGUACAAUGGUCCAGACAGCCCAUACACCAAAACAGCUCUAGAGAUAGUCAAUGUUUGCAAACAGACUUUGGCAGAUUAUGAUGAGCACCUGACCCAGUUGGAAAAGGACAUUUCCACUGCAAAAGAAGCUGCUCUGGAUGCAGCCGACCUGGAGAGCUUAGACCCAAUGACUCCUGGGCCCUAUACUCCUCAGCCUGUUGACCUGUUCGACAGUGGGGCCACAGGAAGCAUGGCGAGAGACACCAGCAGUCUUUUCUCUGAAGGCCCUCUAGUGGUUGCUACAGAGAAGAGAGGGGGUCAGGGUCGUCACCGAAGACUUGGGGAAGAAGAGUCUGAUGUGGACAUUGAAGGCUUUGAAGAGGACGAUGAUGGAAAGCCCAAAACCCCUGCUCCUGCAGAGGAUGCAGAAGGAGACCUGGAGGAUGACGAUGAUGAAGAUGAGAUGCUGCUGCCGCCUCGCAGACGAAUGCAUGAUGAAGAUGAUGAGGAUGAUGAUGAAGGGGAGGACAGCAGGUCAAAUCGUCCUGCUCAGUCUAGUGUGCUAUACCAGGACCUGCUCAUGUCUGAUGGAGAGGACGACGCCAGUGAGGAGGAAGGAGACAAUCCCUUCUCCUCCAUUCAGUUGUCAGAAAGUGGCAGUGACUCUGAUAGAGAGGUGGAUGUCAGACCGCAGCCCCCCCGGAGGACCCAGGAGACAGCUCGUAUGGGAAUGGAGCAGGAUGAGAGCAUGAUGUCAUAUGAAGGGGAUGGACCAGACGAGCCUCAUUUGGAAGACAGCAAUGUCAGCUAUGGGAGCUAUGAGGACCCAGAGAGCCGCAGUCAAAUGCCCCCAAGCCUAGGGAACGGCGAUGAGUAUGGCAUCAGUGAGGAAGAGGAGGAUGAAGAAGAUGAAGCUCGCAGGAGGGGCCCUGCUGUACUGUCUCAAGUCCAGCUCAGUGAGGAUGAGGAGAGUGAGGAGUUCAGGUCCAUUGGAGGAGACAGUGACAUGGACUCAGAUAAUUAGUGGACUAUGUAAAAAAAAAAAAAAAAAAAGGCACUAGACUUAUGUAAAUGUGAUGUUUGUAAAUACCAAUAUGUAAUUAACAAUUUUCAUCCAACUUUUUAUAUUGUACACCAUUAUGACCUAAGCCAUGUGUCAUCUUAAGAUUUGUGCAAUUGCACCCAAAAUACAUGCUUAUUGUGUCGCUAAAACAAAUAAACAAAUGUUUUGCAAUGAUGCGGAACAGUUUGUUUUGUUGUUUACAAGAGUGGCCAACAGAGAGAAAUCUAACAAAUUCAAUCAAAAUUAUAUCUUUGAAUGAAAAGUAAAUUUUACAGCAGCUGAUUAUAUUUUAGCUGUAAAAACACUGUAAUUUUUAGUAGGAAUAUUCCUUUUAUGAUGUGUAAAAUCCAAUCCAGGACAUCUACAAAACAAUGACUAAUUUGUUGGUUACGGACUGAAAUUUAUACCUCUUGAUAUAAUACAAAAAAAAACUGUCCCUGAAAAAAACACAAAGUUGCCCCUUAUGAAGCUGUUACUUUCAAUUUUGUGUCUACCACUUCCUGUUGUUGGUCUUCAAACCUAUAGACCUACUUACCUGUUCACAAUUGUAUUUCUAAACUGUUGGUAUAUCAAGUCACUUAAAGUGAAUCUCUUACCAACUUAA